CCUUUGAAGUGAUCCCUGCAUUCAAGCAGCCGGCAUGGAAAUGUCAUCAAUUGUUUAGAUGCCACAAGACGCUCAGACCUGGUUUUCAGGUGACAUUUUGGGCUGAAGUUUGACUCCAUAUAAAUAUCAGAGGCAUCAGCAAGCACACACUCAGGAUCUCGCAGCUGAGGAGUGAGUAGUGACCAAGAGCAUGGAUGCACAGCGGCCUUGCCUGGUCCUCCUGUGUGCCCUCCAUCUGGCCUUGACUGGAGUGGUUCACAGAAAUCUGUUCACACAGAGAGUGUGCUGCAGGCGUCAGAGUCACUUUGUGUACAUCGGAGAAGACGUCUCCGGGAGUCCUGUCAGUGUUGAUGUGGGGAUGUGCAGGUCGCACUGCGGGGGGCCCCCCAGAGCCUCAAAUCACGCAGGGUCACAACAACGGUCCCCAAUGCUAGAAUUCCUCAAGAGCAAAAAAACACGGCCCCGUGGACCUGCUGCUCCAGACAGCUCUGGGACGUCCAACCAUCUGCCCUCCUGUGGGGUCGACUACCUAUGUGAGCCGAGCGGCGUGCGAGUGGAUCGGCUGCUACUGUUCGAGGGGCCCCGGGACAUCGAGGUCAUCCAGGAGUGUCACUGUGAGAUCAAGCUGAGCCAGUGUAUCCGUGUCCCCGCACUCAGGACGUAUUACUCUGACACGCCAUACGAGACCGUCAUUGAUGUGGGCGCAUGCUCCGGGUUCAAGGGUUCACCAGAAGGAUUCUCAUGUGUUCAUGCUAAGUUUGACUCGGCGUUGCUGGAAACUCCAAAUAAAGUGGACAUGAUCCAGACAGUGAGAUCCUGUGAGCUAAAGGAAAGCUGCUACCGGGUCCCAUACGUGGAGUAUUACUAUGAAAUUGUGGACCAUACAGAUGGAGUGAAAGAGGAAAGGCUCAAAGAAAUAGAUGUGGGCAGAUGUUUGGGUGGCUGCACCGCUGGAAGCCGAUGUCUUCUCAGAAGUCCAUCUGAUCCAGAAUCUUGCCACCUGUGGGCUGAACAACCAUCUAACUCCUGUGUUCCUCAGACCUAUGAGAGCCACACCUUCAUUAACCAGCACGAACAGAUCCGCACCAUCCUCUCCAUCACCUCCUGCAUUUGCCAAAAGUGAAA